UUCUGGAAAUUCAUAACGGAAAAAGGAGUAGUGGAACAUGAAGAUGAGAUGAGCAGAAAGCAAAUCCACGCAAGGGUGGAUGAAAAGCAGAUUGAGUGUAACGCGAGUAGAAUAUGGUUGAAGGCGAAGGAUCAAUGACUGUCAAACCAGUCGACGUCGUAGUCCAACGGUCCGCGUCGGAAGGGGAGGAGAGCGAUCAGAGGUAUCCCGUUGACAUUCUUCCCCCCCUCGGCGCCAGUAGCCCCCCUUCGCAAGAUCUCGGCGACUUCGUCAUAUCUCCCUUCGAUCGCCGGUACAGAUCGUGGGAGGUGCUUCUGGUGGUAUUAGUCUUCUACACGGCGUGGGUGUCGCCGUUCGAGUUCGGUUUCCUCUCGGGACCGACGUGGCCGCUCAACAUCACGGACAACGUCGUCAAUAGCUUCUUCUUGGUCGACAUUGUGAUGUCGUUCUUCGUCGCUUAUCUCGACAAAUCGACUUACAAUCUGGUCAUCGACCAUAAGCAGAUCGCGCUCAAGUAUGCGAAAACGGGGCUGCUCUUCGAUGUCAUCUCCUCCAUGCCUUAUGAGUUGAUACAUAAAAUUAUGCACAAUGUCAAUGCCUAUGGCUACUUCAAUAUGCUCCGCCUCUGGCGUAUCAGAAGAGUCAGUUCAAUGUUUGAGAGAAUGGAGAAGGACACGAACAUCAACUACACGGUGGUUCGAACCGUAAAGCUUACUUGUGGCACUCUUUUUUCAAUUCAUGUCGCUGCCUGUGGCUUCUAUUCGCUGGCCACCAGGAAUAAGGACCCACUGGGCACAUGGAUCGGAGCUAUAGAGCAGGAUUUUCAGAAGUUCUCUCUGUUUCACAAGUAUGUUAUAUCUAUGUACUUGUCCACAGUCACUGUCGCAACACUAGGCUAUGGAGAUUACCAUGCCGUGACAAGAGGGGAAAUGAUAUAUACCAUCAUCUUCGUAUUAUACAUCCUUGGAUUGACAAGUUACAUCAUAGGAAACUUCACCAACUUGAUUGUUGAAUCCACCAACAAAACUAGGAAAUUUAGAGAAACUAUCAAUGCUGCUUCGAGCUUUGGGAAAAGGAACAAUAUUCCGGAGCACAUGCAAGAUCUGAUGAUAGCGCACUUGAGCCUCAAGUACAGAAUCGACGCUGAGGGGGUUCAGCAGCAAGAGACAAUUGAUUCCCUUCCAAAGGCGAUUCGUUCAAAAAUCUCACAAUUUCUCUUCUACUCCCUUGUUGAUACAGUGUAUUUGUUCGAAGGAGUGUCCAAUGACCUGCUCUUUCAGCUGGUCUCGAUAAUGAAACCUGAGUAUUUCCCCAACGGAGAAGACAUAAUUUUACAAAAUGAAACACCGACAGAUAUGUAUAUUCUGGUUAAUGGGGCAGCCGAUUUUAUUUCACACAUAAAUGCAUCGGAAAGGGUUGUCGGGGUUAUGAAGACAGGGGAUGUUUGUGGUGAAGUAGGGCUUCUUUGCUACAGACCACAAGUUUUUACUGUUCGAACAAAGAGAUUGAGCCAGCUGCUGCGGCUCAAUCGUACUGCAUUGAUGAACGUUCUCCAGAAUAACGUUGGAGAUGCAACAAUAAUUAUGAACAAUCUCCUUGAGCAUCUGAAAGGGCACCAAGAUCCAGCGAUGCAAGAAAUUUUGACACACACUGAGCAAAUUCUGGCUAAAGGAAGAUUCGACAUGCCUCUGAGCUUAUGCUUUGCUGCAGAUAGGGGCGAUGCUCUGUUGUUGAUACAGAUGCUUAGAAAAGGUAUGGAUCCAGAUGAGUUGGACAGCAACGGUCGCAGAGCUUUGAAUCUUGCAGCAUCAAAAGGCUUUCUAGAAUGUGUUCUUCUCCUCCUUGAUUUUGGGGCAGACCCCAACAGCAAAGAUUCUGAAGGAAAUGUUCCAUUAUGGGAUGCAAUGUUGGGAAAACAUGAUGACGUGAUAAAGGCGCUGUCUGACAAUGGGGCAACAUUGCCUGAUGAAGAUAUAGGCUACUUUGCUUGCUCUGCAUCCGAGCAGAACAACACAUAUUUGCUUCAAGCAUUAGUGAACUUUGGUGGGGACAUAUCACAGCCCGACAGCCACGGAAACACAGCUCUGCACCUGGCAAUAAAUCGUCAACAUGUUGAAAUUUGCAAGUUCUUGGUAGAAAAUGGAGCUGAUACAGAAAAGCCAGACGCGGAUGGCUGGACGCCACGAGCCUUGGCUAAUUAUCUCCACAAUGAAGAGAUCAAAGCUUUGCUGCAAACAAAUUCGCAUCAUGCGGAACACAAGAGUGAUCCACCUCAGCAGCCUGCUCAGAAACGGGUAGGUACUAGAGAGCGAAGGCCAUACAGCGGUGAUGUAAAGACGAGGAGAGGGCAGACACAUCUGAGCAGCUCCCUUGCAGGGAUCAUCACGGCUGUCCAAAGACAAAGUGGAUGUUUAUCCAAUCUUGGGACGCCGCAGAGGUGUGCUAGAGUGACCCUUAGUUGUCCGGAGAAGGGUGACACGUCUGGGAAGCUGGUGCUUCUGCCUGGAUCCAUUGCAGAGCUGGUUGAGGUUGGGUGCCAGAAGUUUGAUUUUCGCGCCACGAAAGUAGCGACAAAAGAUGGUUAUUUGGUUGAAGAUAUGGCUGCGGUACGAGAUGGUGAUCAUCUUGUGCUGGCUGGUGGAGAGGAAAAGGCGACAAUCGAACUUUAGAGCAUGAAAUGUUCUUGUCAAGUUUUGAACUGAUUUUGUGUUUGUAUGUAACUUGGUAAGUGUAGGAAGAGGGAUCCCAAGGUUGAUUGAUGAAUCACGCCAUUGCCGCUUCUUUCAUGUAGAGUUCGUAACGACAUUGAAAAAUGAUAUCGUAUUAUCUGCAUAUAUAUAGUGUUGUCAUUCUUUUUCUUA